AUGUUGACAACAAAGAAGAUGUUUACCGAGCACCUGCUGACGCUGGUGCUCACGCUAAGCUUGCUACGGGUUGAUCCCGAAAACUACCUCGAUCUGCACUGGAGUGCCGGUGGUCGGCUUGCCGGCGUCGGCGAUGGCGACUGGCAAUUGGAACCGCUGGCCGCGCCGCUUUACUCGAACCGAUCGUACGUGAGCCGGAAGUUUCUGCCACCGAUCAUCGAAGAUCUGUCACGCUUCGAGCAGCCCUUUAUCGAGCCCAAUUACCGUGGCUUGCAAACGUACCUGCUGAACAUUCAGGCAGCCGAGGAUACCACAUCAUCUACCGGCAGUGGCGGUGUCGGAGGAGGAGGGGGAGGCGGUGGAACAAUUGUCGAAGAAAGGCCACCGUCUCCACUGCCAGCGGGAGGCGGGACGACGAUGCCUAACGCUCACAAUGUCACCGUUUCACCUGUGUUGGCCAAUGUGCUAACAAAUUUCGAUGUUGAUGCUGAAGACAUUUUCCUCAACGGCGAUCUGUUCGUAGAAAGCACUUCGGUGAUAGAGCAGAAUAUGGCAGAUUUGAGCGAUUACGAUACAAUCUUGCUGGAGAAUCCGACUGCGAAAUUCGACCCCGGAGCGGUGGUGCACGAUAUCGAAGAUACCAUACUCAGGGCCCGGUCGUUAAUGAACUCGGCGAAUGAGUUCAUGAAAAAGGAGGACCCAGAAGAGGCCGCCGCCGCCACAACCAGUUCCUCGACAACAUCCGAUGCAACGCGAAUGGUUGGCGCUGCGGUCAAUCAAACGCAUCGGCGACACGAUCAUGGCGAACAGGAACAGGGUGCUAUUAAGGAUCCUCCGGCUGCGUUCAAUCGCAGCGAUCGCGCGAAUACGCAGCAGAAACACUUAGUGAGCACAGAUUUGGACAGUGAAGAUGAGGAGAAAUGUUGCCCUUCGUCCGAUAAAAGUGAACCAAAAAGCCCCCUGCCAAACGGUGGCCCAGCGCAAGACCUAACGCAAGAGGAAAUGGAUCUAAUCGAAGUGCUCUGGAAACAAGAUGUCGAUCUUGGAUUUACCCUGACGAAUGCCGCCAUCAGCACAGCCAACGGCAGAGACACGGCACACUCGUCGAUUGCCGAUGGGGCCGCUGCUAGCAUCAAACCCGACAGUGAUGACGAUUUGGAGAAGCUGAAAGCCUUGCUCGAGAUAAAAAAUGACAAGAACAUCGAUGGAGAAAAGCAACGCGAUGUCGCGGAUGACAGCAGCCUGGCUGACCCCUGGGCUGGAUUAUCGUACACGAUUGACACGGAAACGGGCGAGUACGUGCUUAACAGUUCGGACAUCGACAACAGUCUGCCACCACCGUUGGCGGAUUUAUUUCUGGCCGAAGGUUUAACACUUCCGGAUCUCGGCGGAUCAGUGGAGGAGACUAUUGGCGAAAUAAAAUCGAACGAUUGCGGGGACGAUCAGCCAACGGACGGCGAGCAAGAUCCGGAGAUCGCCGAGGUUCAUCGCAUCGAGCAGGAAUUGCAGGUUUCGGUGGAAGAAAUUUGUCUCGGUUCCACAUCGCCUGCCGGGUGCAGCGGUUUGUUGAGUGACACCGACGAUAUUGCCGGCGUUGGCGAGGACCAAGCAUCGGUGGCUGCGGCAACGGCAGCGGAAGCCCUCGACGACGACGGCCCUCCGGCAACCGAUGAACUAGAGGAUUUGCUCUGCGAUAUGAUGAUACAAACGUCGCCUCACUUCCAACAUUCCCGCCAGAACACGCAAGGCUAUGGCCACGGUAUGAGCAGCUUCCGCCAGCCGACGGCCGGUGGCGCUGGCUACCACCACCAUCACCACCAUCAUCACCACCAUCAUCAACAGUCCCGUGUGCCGUUGAGCCGAGCGGUUUCGAUGGAGCAACGCUGGCAGGACCUGGCGAACCUCCUCAGCUUCCCACCGGGUAUGGGCGUCGGAAUGGGGGUCGGCGAUAUGGCACCUUCGCAUCCGUCGCACGCCCAUGCCCAUUACCCGGCACACUAUCCCUCGUAUCAGCCAAGUGGUGGGCUAGGCUCCCAGCACGGUCAGUACCACCACCCGUCGCACCCCGCCGUACUGCAGAAUGCAUCGCUGGCCGAUAUCUCACCGGCCCAGCCACACUACGGCGCGAACCUGGGCUCGGCCGUCUCCACCAGCAUGCAUCUGACGAACUCGACGUCCGAGACCGAUGCCGGCACGUCGGGCUACAAAAUGGAUCCGGAGAUGAUGUACUACUCGAACGGCACGGCGUCGGAAAUGAAUCACACCGAUGGGUUUUUGAAUUCCAUUCUGAACGACGAGGACCUGCAGCUGAUGGACAUCGCCGUCAACGAAGGUAUGUACACCAUGCGCAUGCUGGAGCACAACGGCACCGGAGGUGCCGGAGGUGGGGCCCCCAACGCGUCGAUGCUGGGCGCCUCGAACCUGAUGGGCCACAGCGGUGGCCAUCACCUGCCCUCACUGAUGGCCGGUGGUGGUGCUGGUGGUGGCGGCAAUCUGCACAGCGCCAUGAACGUCAGUGCACUAGUCAACGGAUCGGCGGCCACCGGCGCCACGUCCGCAUCGUCCGGCGGUGCGACGGCCGGUGGCACAACGGCCGGUGGUUCGGGAACACCGGGCGAUCGGUUGGAUGCGUCCAGUGACAGUGCCGUCAGCUCGAUGGGUUCCGAGCGGGUCCCGUCGCUGUCGGACGGCGAGUGGGGCGACGGUGGCAGCGACAGUGCCCAGGAGUACCACAACGGGAAGUACGGGGGACCGUUCGAUUACAGCUACAACCAAACGAAUGGGGGGCCAGCGGGCCACCGAAUGGGCGAGCACGGCUCACGGCAGGCGCCGCCGGUGGCCCAGAAGAAGCACCACAUGUUUGCGAAGCGCUACUUCCAGGAACAGAACACCACCGUUCCGGCGAUCCAACAUCCUUCGCCAUCCAAUCCCGGGGCUCCGGGUGGGCCGAAUGCGCCCGGUGCAGCCAACGCCACGGCCGGCGGUAUCGACGGUGCUGGUGGUGGAGGCGGAGGUGGUGGCGGAGGGGGAGGUACUGCUGCCGGCGUGCUGCUACCGACGGCCAUUAAGUACGAGUACGAUUACAUGAGCGUGGUCGGUGCCACGCCGUCCACCAUCGGAACCGGGUUGGAUGUUCCGACCAAACAGGAAGAUCAUUCGCAGCACUCGCACCUGCAGCAGCAGCAGCACCAUCAUCACCACAAUGGAACGCACCUGGAGGCCACAUCCGGGGCGGCUGCUGCAGCAGCAGCCGCCGCUGCCGCCGCAUCGGCCCUGACCGACAUGAAGUACCCGUACGGGCUUGAUUUCCCCGCCCGGAGUCACCACUCGGCCGCGAUGGGCCGCUCGCCGCUGCAGCCACCGGAAAUGGUGCACCACAACCACACGUACACGCUCCCGUACGGUCCGUCGUCGGUCCCAGCAACCGGGGGCAACCAUUCGGCGGGUGCCAUCAAGUCGCAUUCGCGUGACAGGCAGCGCGGUAGCAGUGGCCGGAAGGCGGAAGAGGAGCACCUGACGCGCGAUGAGAAGCGGGCGCGGGCACUGCAGAUUCCGAUUCCGGUGCAGGACAUCAUUAACCUGCCGAUGGACGAGUUUAACGAGCGGCUGUCGAAGUACGAUCUGAGCGAAACCCAGCUUUCCCUCAUCCGGGACAUCCGGCGGAGGGGCAAGAACAAGGUGGCGGCCCAGAACUGCCGGAAGCGCAAGCUCGACCAGAUCGUCACGCUGGCGGACGAGGUGAAGGACAUGAAGCAGCGCAAGGAGCGGUUGCUGCGGGACCGCGAGAUGGUCCUGUCCGAGCACAAGCGCAUCCGGGACAAGUUUUCGGUGCUCUACCGGCACGUCUUUCAGAAUCUGCGCGAUGCCGAUGGAAGCCCGUACUCGCAGGAACACUACAGCCUGCAGCAGAGUGCCGAUGGUGCGGUGGUGCUGGUGCCGCGCAACUCGGAACGCCCGACCACGAACGGGCUAGGUGGCGGCUCGGCGACGCAGCAUUCGGCCAACGGCCAACACCAUCCGCAUCAUACGCACGCGCUCCAUCACUCACACCUGCACCACCAGCACGCACACCUGCAGCACCACAUGCCGCACCAUGGCAUGGUCGGUGGGGCCGGUGGGCCGACCAGCACCAUGAACAGUGCCAGUAGCGGCGGUGGCGGCGGCAGCAGUAGCAGCAACAGCAACAGUAACGGUUCCGUCGGUGCUGGUGGCAGUAGCAAUGGGGCCGGUUCCCUCAACGGAACGACGGUGCACCAGCAGCGUUCCGCGAAGGAGUAGUGCCACUUUGGGGCGUGUGGCGCUUUUUGCUGGAUUCCUUAGCUCCGGGUUGGCCGCGACAACCCGUAGGGGCCACCCAUUUUUAUCUCUCAUCCCUGUCAUUGGCUUUAUUCACAGUCCGAUCCGAUGCCGAGAUCUCUCUCUCUUGGGAGGCCGGCCAAUCGCCCCAAUCGCAUCGCCCCAACAGGACUUUCCUGUGGAUAGCUGUUUGCUCUAUGAUAUGUUUGGCGGCGGCGCCGCAGCAGCGUGAUAGAGGCCCCCUACCGAGGCCAAUCAGACUGAUCAGACUGGCGGAGAGUGAUGGCGGAGGCUGCUGCGAUGAACUCUCGCCCCAGGCGUCCUCCUUGUGUGCGUACGAACAUUCCCCCUUCCCCUCCGUUAGGCAGCAACGGAAACGGGGAAUAGUCGGUCGGCGAUGGUUGCUGAUGGGUGCACCAUGGUAACGCAGGAGGAAAACAAACAAAACGGUGACGGCAACUAGAAUCGAUCCCCAUGCAGUCAGCUCCAGCUCUCGCUCUCUGACUCCGCACAAGGACAGUACAACUGAACACUGCUAUGCAGCAGGGACACACGCAGGGAGGACGGGGGGUCGUUGCAGAUUGGGGCGCUGGGUUGUAAUCUUUUUUAUCGGCUGCCGCACGCUAACCAGCAAAUGCAGCGCAACCUUAGUGUUGCUUGCCUGGUUAGCAACGGAGUAACGGUUGCUAUGCGCGAACUAAACUUAAAAGCUAUGACUAGUACUCUUGUAAUUACUACUGCUACUACUACCUACCACCAUUACGGCAACAGAAAGUAAAGUUUAAGCUUAUGCGCGACUGUUGCUGCAGCUACGCCGCCAACGCCGGGUGAUGAUGUGAUGGAUAAAUUCGUAAUUAACAUUAAUAUUAUUAUUUUGUACAUAAAAAAAACACACACACGUGCAGGUGACAAAGUUAGGCGCUUUCCACAGAAUGCUGGUGCGAUUAAUUAAUUUUGUAAAGCGUUUGCACACACAAACACACAAAGUCCUGCGCCUGCAAUAGCGAACUAGUUUAUGAUUCCUUAUGAAACACCCAAACCCUAGCACAGUAAGGCAGAAAAUGGAGUGAAUAGUAUGUGUUGGUAAAGAAGGAGUUGUAAAGUACAUCUCAGCAGAUUUGGAUUGAACAGGAUAAUUUACAGUUACUAAUCGGUGGAGAGAAUUUAGGUUGUAGUCGAGCUUUAAUAAGUAACCCAGGUCAGGUCAGAGAGGGUCAGAACGCUAACACGCGCUGGCCAAGGUGGCACGAAACCGAGAGGAUGUAAAAAUAUGUGUAACCAACGUAAAACAAAACCUUACAGCUGCCGCGGGGUGCCGCAGGGUUGUUUGUAGUGAAGCAUUUUGUCAGCCACCCAUUGUCAAACGCUACUAUUUAUUUGAUUUGCUCAGUUUUUUGUGCAACAACAAUAACAACAGCUACAACGAUAUACUUAUAGUGCUAGCUUCUAAGGUUCUGUGAGAAAAAUCGCAACAAACCCGAACGAACAUGAACAUAAUAUGUAGCACCAAAAACCAAAUGGCGGCGCGCCAUUCAUUUUCGACUACAUGUUGCGCACCACCCGGCACCCGGCACCCUCUCUCCGCGAUCGGGAGCGAAGGAUUAUCGUAAUAUUGCUGUGGAUGUUUUGUUUUUCGUCUUAUCGUUUUUUUUUCUUCUAUAGUUUUUGGUUGUUCUUGUAAGCUUUGGAUUGCGGAAAACAAAAAAAAUAUAUAGAAUCAGUAAGAAUGGAAUACAUUUAUAUCUUACUUCGUUGUGUACA